AAGCACUUGUGGUUUUGCUUACUUAGGUGGUCUCCAAGUAUUGCGAAGCCCUCGAGCUCCUAAGGGUAGCUACCCAAAGAGCGUGACCUAACCUAGAGGUCGGUAUCUAAGGCAACAACGUCAAUCGCGACCUUCAACACUUCGUCGCCGCCCCGGCUCGGCUCCCAAAGACCAACCGUCAAUCGCGACCACUUUUUACCUCGUCGCCCCGGCCUAGCUCCCAUCCUUCCGACCGUUCCAACCUCCGACCGAUCAAUCGCUCCAAUCAACCGCCCCGACUAGUCGCCCCGAUCAAAGAACCCAACCGGCCAGUCGCCCCGAUCAAGGAACCCGACAGGUGGAUUGAAUAG